AUGGAACCUCAGUCAUCAUCCGCUGCAGCAACUGUUGAUGAACAAAUGCCACUUUCAUCCUCCUCUUCCAACUCACCUUCUUCAUUAACGUUACCAUCAUCACCAUCAGCAUCCACUUUGCAUCAACAACAAUCCACCAACACUCCACAAUCAAACAUAAUGCCUCCCUCUGUCGGAUCCAAUAUUACCGAUGUGCCAUCAUCAUCCAAUAAUCAUCAACAACAAUCGCCAUCAUCUAGUUUAAAUAAUACAACGAACCUGCCUACCAAUCGGCCAGAAUCAUUGAUAUCAAAUAUUUCAUUUGCGGGAUCAUCCAUUGCUUCAGCCAACACCAAUCACAAUACUUCCAACGGAGGACAACAUGAAUCUUUUCCAUCGUCCCAUCAGACAGCAACCUCUCCUAUUGGAGUUUCGUCAUUACCAUCUCAAAACAAACCCCUGAAUGACUUUGAAAACAUCUAUUCUAGUUUUAAAAAGAGAAACAGAGAACAAUAUGAACAACAUCCUUCCUCCUCAUCGAGCACUACUGAAUCCUACGUUAAGGACUUGGAAGACAAGGUUGAUUUUAUGGCACAAUUAAUUACCAUUCAAUCGGCCAAGAUGAGAAAAAUGGAAGUAAGAUUGAGAAAAUUGGAAUCCUUGUUACCUCAAGCUGGUGACGAAUUUGUAAAUUCAAAUAAUUUGCAUCGUAUUCCAAUGAUUGCAUCGUCCUCUGGUGGUGGUGCCAAUAUUGAUGAAAUUUCAACUAUUAGCGAUGAUCUGCCAACAUUUACGGCAACACCAAAGAAGGAAAAAGGAAAUAGACAACCCAAUGCUUACAACAUUUUCAUGAAAAGCGAAAUUCAACGUAUUAGAACAACACAUACAGAGUUGACACAAAAACAAGCCUUCAAAUUAGCAGCAAGUAACUGGUCACUGAAAAAGGCAGAAAUUAUGGCAGCUCAGAAGAAAGGUAUUGAUCCAAUUACUCUCGUGACAGGAGCUUCCUCAGAUCUUAAGGCAGGAUCUAGCGCAGUGAGUACUCCAAGUGACACCACCAUUCCUGAUAACCUCUCUUCUGGAACUCCUGCCAUUCUUGAUGAAAAAUAA